ACAAAGCAUGCGCCCGCUCUUCGCUGUUUGUUUCUACGGAGACGCGAGCGUCGACAGGCCGCUGACCGUCACAAGCGGGAGCCGGACAGGAGAACUGUGGAGGGCUUUUUUGACCGCGGUAAUAUCGGAGUUCACCUACGAGGGACCAUGUUGUCCAUCUUAGCGGCGGGGUCUGUGUUUUUCCCAGGCCUUUUCCUCUUGUCCAAGCAGUGUCUCAAAUCCAUCCCGGGACUGCGGUGGAAUGAGGGCGAUGCCGUCAUUGUUUCAGCCAGGUUGGUGUCAUCCAUCCAAGCUAUUAUGGCUUCUGUGGCUGGUUACAUCAUCUCCACCUCCUGUCAGGACAUCAUUGAGGACCAGCAUUGGCUGACCAGCUCCUACAUCCUGUUUGCUGUGCCGUACUUUGUGUAUGACAUCUACGCCAUGUUCCUGUGCUACUGGUACAAGCUCCAGGUCAAAGGCCACGAGGUAGACAACGGCUCCAAAUCCAAGGCUAUGGCAGUGAGAGGCUACCUGCGGCGAGAGUUCCUCAUGAUCCUGCAUCACGUCGUCAUGGUCACCGUCUGCUUCCCCAUCUCUGUGUUCUGGAGGCAGGGAAAAGGUGAUUACUUCCAGGGUGUCAUGUUCCUGGCUGAACUCAGCACACCGUCCGUCUGUCUGGGCAAAAUCCUCAUCCAGUACAAGCAGCAGCACACGCUUCUUCACAAAGUGAAUGGAGCUGUUAUGCUGAUCACUUUCUUCCUCUGUCGAGUCCUUCUCUUCCCCUAUCUCUACUACGUUUACGGAAGGUACGUCUCUAUUCCCUUCUACCGGGUUCCUUUCACGGUGCCCUGGCAGUGUAAUCUUGGAGCGGCUCUGCUCAUGGCCCCGCAGCUCUACUGGUUCUCCCUGAUCUGCAGGGGGGCCCUGCGCCUGUUCACCGGUAGCUCCUCGCGCUCCCGCAAACCCACGGCUCCGGUCAAGCCCGAUUACGAAGGACACGAGUCGCUGCCUCAGCCUGCCAACGGAUACAGUACACAGAUGGUGGGUCGGGACACGCCCACAAUGUCGCACUGAGGGGGAGGAGACUAUGCUAAUGAGACUAAGCAAAGUAAAAAGGGGAUUGGAUGAAUGCAAUGAUGAAGUGGCAGAGCAGAAGGGCAGGUUGCCAAGGAAGUAAACAGAGUGAUUAAAGAGGUACUGAAAUAGACUAGAUGCCCUGUAACGCAUUACAGCACAGCAUUAUGUUUAGUUACAGGGCUCGUGUACUGUGUAUAUAAGACAUGCUUUAGUAGAUCAAGGGAAGCAAAAAUGCCGGAAAAAUCAGUGGAAGUGUCCACACAACGGCCAGAUGUGUGUCACAUCACAACUGAGGCAAUAAGUGCAUAUUUUAUGUGAGAACAUUUCUGAACCAAGACAAGAACUUUUUGUUUGAGGCACUUUGAAAGGUCGCAGAAUGUCAGACUGGGGCUGAGGUCUCGUGCCUGAGGUCUGUUCUUUGCAUAUAUUACUGUUGUGUUGCAGAUGCAUUGUUCAUAGAAAUGUCCUCGAUUAUUAUAUUUAGCACUGGUCUACAAAGAGCAACCCAAGGUGUCAGGCAUUAUCAAGCUUGACUGUCUCUAUAGAGUUCAGGAGAAAUGCCUCUCGUUGGGUUUAAAGGGACAGUUCACCCAAAAUGAAAAUGUACCCACUCUCAUGUCGUUUAGAUGCUAUAUU